AUGUUGGGUCGACCGGACCCGACUUGCUAUUCUGCCCCCAUCCCCUCAAGGAGCAUUCUUCCGCCAUUCUCGGUUCUCACCAAGGGCACGAAGAAGGAGACGACAGGAAAGUUCGUGGCGAAGCCAGUGGUUCUGUUUCUGUACCAGCCUGGUGUGACUUCAAAAUGUGGCUUGGAGUUGGCCUUCAGAGUCAACUUCACCUUUGGUCUUAUACCCCAGUAUGGCACCUCGGGGUCCAAUGGCUUUGCAUUUGUGAUUGCAGCGAAGCCCAAGGUGGGGAGGCCUGGUGGUGUGGGGUACAGAGGAGUGGGACCUCGUAGCAUGGCUGUUGUCUUCAACAAGCUUCAGAAUGAUGCAGGCGAGCAGCACGUGGGGCUGAGCGUUAACGGCACAGAGAUACCCUUGGUCAAGGAGGUGUCACCAUUCACUUUCGCCGAUGGCAAUGCAUAUACUGUGUGGGUGGAUUAUGAGCCUGGAGCUCCCAGCACCAUUCAAGUGUUCCUGGCGAACUCAAACGUGAAGCCAGAGGAGCCGCUGCUGCAGGGGAGGGUGUCGCUGUGUGCAGUGCUGCAGCCUGGAGUGAAGCAGCCAGCAUUCUCAUUUGGAUUUGUGGCGUCAACCACUGUAAAGCCAUUCCAGCUGCAAGGCAUUUACUCCUCCGCUGUGCAAACAGGCAAGGUUAUUUCGGCAAGUGGAUGGGUGAUGAUGACUGGUUUAGGUGGUGGUGGUGGUGGUGGUGGUGUUGCUGCUGCUGCUGCUGCUGCUGCUGCAUCUGCUGCUGCAUCUGCUGCUGCAUCUGCUGCUGCUGCUGCUGCUGCUGCUGCUGCUGCUGCUGCUGCUGCUGCUGCUGCUGCUGCUGCUGCUGCUGCUGCUGCUGCUGCUGCUGCUGCUGCUGCUGCUGCUGCUGCUGCUGCUGGUGGUGCUGGUGCUGGUGGUGGUGGUGCUGGUGCUGCUGCUGGUGGUGGUGCUGCUGGUGGUGAUGCUGCUGGUGCUGCUGCUGGUGCUGCUGGUGCUUCUGGUGCUGCUGGUGCUGCUGGUGCUGGUGCUGGUGCUGGCGCUCCUUCACCCAAGAUAGUCCAUUUCAAUGAGCAAGACGCGUGCUGGGCGUAUGCGGUGGUGGCGAGUGUGGAGGCGGCAUACGGCAUUGCAAAGCAGCAGAGCGCUCCCCGGCUGUCAGUGGAGGCGCUCUUUGCGCUCAUGGGGCUCUCUGAUUCAAACAAGUGCUCUGCUGGCGGCUCCCCCACGGAAGCAUUUGAGAAGCUCGUGGCCCUCAAUGCCUCCUCCAGUGGGCUCACAGCGGCCAGCGACCUGGCAACAAAGUACCCGGUGCAGGCGUUCGAGCGAGCGCAAUUCAAGGGGUAUGUGGGGCUCAUGCUGGCAGUGCAGCGGCAGCCAGUGGUGGUUCACAUCGAGGCGUCUCCAACCUUCAUGCAGUAUGAUGGGGAUCCUGGCUGCUACACGGGCAGUCUCAACCAUGUUGUACUCGUUAUUGGCUACUUCAUUGCAAGAAAUGAUGGCAGCCAGAACCGCAUCGCUCCUCCGUUUUGGAUCAUCCGCAACUCAUGGGGAGAGAAUUGGGGCAACAGGGGCCACAUGCGCAUGGACAUUCAGGGAGGGGAUGGCGUAUGUGGCAUCAACGUGUUGCCUGGCAUCUACCCCGUCGUAAAAACAAUGGUUGCUUGCUCUCCUCUCUUGCCAAAAUCGCCUCUGUUUCUCUAG